AUGCCGCCUUCCUUCUCAUAUCUUUCCUCCCGCGCGGCAGAGUCGGCUUUCGGCGGCGCAGCGCACAUCCUCGUGGCCUGCGCGGGCAUGGGCAUCGGGACCUACCCGUCCCUCGCCAACACCGCCACCGCGGACUUCGACAGCGUCUUCGCCGUCAACACCCGGGGCGCGUUUCUGUGCCUCCGCGAGGCGGCGAACCGGCUGCGGCGCGGCGGCGGGGGCCGGAUCGUGGCCGUGUCCUCGACGCUGGCGGCGACGCUGCUCCCUGGCUACGCGGCGUCCAAGGCGGCUGUGGAAGCCGUGGUGAGGGUGGCCGCCAAGGAGCUCGGAUCGGCGCGGGUGACGGUGAACUGCGUCGCGCCGGGGCCCGUGGCGACAGAGCUCUUCUUCGAGGGGAAGAGCGAUGAGGCGGUGGAGAGGUUCAGGGCCGGGCACCCGAUGGGGCGGCUUGGCGAGGUCGGCGACAUCGCGCCUGCGGUCGGGUUCCUCUGCACCGACGCGGCCGAAUGGGUCAACGGUCAGGUUAUUCGGAUUAACGGGUUUCUCUGCCUGCAGUUCCUGAAGGUCAGUGCUUUCUACGGGGUCUACCUGAGCAUGAUAGUGUAUCUUCAGGAUGUUCUCCAUGAAGACAGCGCUUUCAAUGUGGCGGCCGUCAGUUCCUGGGCUGGGGUGAGCUACCUCAUGCCCCUGCUCGGCGCCACUCUGGGGAAAAUACAAGACCGUUUUGAUCGGCGUCUCCGUUUCCGUCAUCGUAAGUGA